CAGAAGAAGCAAGCUGCGAACACGAAAUUACCAAGCUCCAGAAGCCACUGGGAGGCUUUCCUAUCUGAUUUUCACUAGCAGUUUAUAGCUCAGAUUCAGCGAAAAUUACGAAAUUAUUGACUCGUGUCCUUGUCUUGGUCAUGCCGACGAAGAGUUGAAUUGAGUUUUGGCGAAAUUCAAAAGCGGAGACUGCGCAUCGUACCUCCACGAGUGAAUGGAGAGCAUGCGAGACACACGCAGAGGACAAGAAACGAAGAGAGAGACCGAAAAAAGGACAAGAAAAGGAAUUCUGACGAGGGCCGACACAAACAAGGAUUUAUCACAGUCUAAAUGACCUCACUAAGAAGCUGCUUGUCAUUGUUUAAGAUACAUGCCUGCCAGAGACUGACAACUGCCUCCAGUAAAAUCUUGUUUUGUAUUUUUAUGCUAAACGCUUUUUGAACACACUUGUUGUUUCUGUCUCCUUUCACCAUCGUGCUUUUGAGACGAGACGUGUGAAGGAAGGGGAAUUUAUCUCUUUUACCUUCUCUUUUUGUGUUUCGUUUCAACGUUAAUUUUUUUGUGGUAAGAAAAGUGAUUCUUUUCUACUUCUUUUUUCUUUCUCGGAGAAAGACUUUCAGUGACAUUGUUGCAUUUUUUCAAAAUAAGAGGACAAACCCCCUUGUUUGCCCGUGUGUGUUUGUCAAGUUUCCUUCGUGAGGUAGUACUGUACUGAGACUACAGGAACGUCCACGGAGUUCUACGUCUGGUUAAGAUGGGAUCUGAGAAGGACUCGGAGUCCCCCCCCACUUCUAUUAGCGGCGUACCCAACCCGAAGUGUCGGGCGCCAGGCAAGCGCCAAGGCCGCAUUUCCUUCCACAGCCUCUUCCACAGCAAACGGGGUUCCCGAGGGGCCAAAGCAGCGACUGCCACUCCUCUGACCCUCCAACACCACCACCAUCCUCAACAACAACAGCAACAGCAGCUCACCCCCCCAGCCCCUCCCACUGCCCCUACACCCACAACCACAACAUCCCCAGCCCUCCAGGACCCAGCUGCCUCUGCCCCAGUGGAGCCCCUCUCCUCCAGCUAUCCAUCCCUGGCUGGGCCGCCCGCCACUGGGGAAGGCCUCCUGGAGUGUCCCCUGUGCCUGGUGCGCCAGCCCCCAGAGCAGCUGCCGGAGCUGCUGGGGUGCAACCACCGCUCCUGCCUGGGCUGCCUGCGCCAGUACCUGCGCAUCGAGAUCACCGAGAGCCGCGUGCAGCUCAGCUGCCCAGAGUGCGCCGAGCGGCUGGUCCCUCGGCAGGUGGCGGACAUCUUGGAUGACGCGGCGCUCCUGGAAAAGUACGAGGAGUUCCUACUGCGGCGCUGCCUCGCCUCUGACCCGGACUGCCGGUGGUGCCCCGCCCCCGACUGCGGGUUUGCUGUGAUUGCAUCUGGCUGUGCCAGCUGCCCGCGGCUGGUAUGCCGUAGGGAGGGUUGUGGGGCAGAGUUCUGCUACCACUGCAAGCAGGCUUGGCACCCCAACCAGACCUGCGACUCUGCCCGCCAGCAGAGGGCCCUGUCCCUGCACACCCACAGCAACCACUCACCAAGCUACACCCAGGAACAGGGGCCUGCGGAUGACAUCAAGCCUUGUCCACGUUGCGGCGCUUACAUCAUCAAAAUGAACGAUGGCAGCUGCAAUCACAUGACCUGCGCGGUGUGUGGCUGUGAGUUCUGCUGGCUCUGCAUGAAGGAGAUCGACCUGCACUACCUCAGUCCGUCAGGAUGUACCUUCUGGGGCAAGACGUGGAGCAGGAAGAAGAAGAUUCUGUGGCAGCUGGGCACGCUGAUUGGCGCCCCUGUGGGCAUCACGCUCAUCGCUGGCAUCGCCGUGCCCGCCAUGGUCAUAGGCAUUCCUGUCUACGUAGGACGCAAGAUCCACGCUCAUUAUGAGGGAAAGAAGGCCUCUCGUCACCGUAGAAACCUGGCCAUCACCGGGGAGUGGCCUCUGUCAAUCAUCACUCCAGUUAUAGCUGCCGUCAGUGUUGGGAUUGGCGUGCCCAUCAUGCUGGCGUACGUGUAUGGCGUGGUGCCCAUCUCGCUGUGCCGUGGGGGAGGUUGUGGCGUGGAGCCGGGCAAAGGCCGUGGCGUGAGGAUAGACUUUGAUGAGGACGAUGGGCCAAUCACAGUGGCAGAUGCUUGGCGGGCUCUAAAGUCCCCCAGCCUGGGGGAGAGAAGCAUUGAAGGUGCAGCCAGCGGCCUCAGCACCACCUCCCCCAGUGAGGGCCUCUCAGUGGCUCCGGGGAGGCUGGGGGACACCCCACACUUCAACACUCUGGCCGGGGGAGCCCUAGGGUCCCGGACUGGCAAAUACAGCAGGCUGGAAGUCCAGGAGGGGAGCUGGGGAAAGAGGCAGCCCAGAGAGAGGACAGGCAGCCUGGGGGCUGGUAGUGACUGUGCCAGCACCAGGGGCAUGGCAGGAUCCAUCAUCUCCUCCUAUACACUACCUGACAGGGAGUGCACCAACCUGGAGAUCCAAGUGGACAUUGAGACCAAACCCAGCCACCUCUGCUUGACCAGCGAGGAGGACCUCACCCCACCCCCUGACCUGGCGACCGGCUCUGCGGGGGAGGAGCCUCAGGACUGCAGCUCCCGAAGGGGUGGAGCUCUGUCCGGCUCGGUGCUAGGAUUGUCACCGGGGUCGUCGCUCAGAGAGGGGCUUCACGAUGUCACUCUGGCCCAGCCAGAAAGCAUCCGCAGCGACCUGGAGAUGUCGGACACCCAAUCAGAUGACAUCGCCGAGCUGACGUCGGACGACUGUGAAUCCCCCCACCCCAAGAGCCGCCGGCUCCCCCACCAGCCCCAGCCCACCUGCAGAGCGCUCACCGGGGUGGACGGUCUCCACGCUCCCCCCGACAACGUCAUCCUUUAUGUCUGAGAGGCUCCCUGCUCUCAGAGAUGCACAAACCCUCCCAACGGUUUUGAUGUAUUCACUUUUCUUUUGAUUCGUUGACAUGAGCUUUUUGGUUGUUAUGUAUUUGCUGCUUUUUACAUUGAUUUUCAAGACCUCGUACAUACAGACAGGACCUGUUCUACAUGUGUCUGUCUGUCUGUCAUCUAUCAACCUGUCAGUCGCCUGACUUGGGCCUGGUCAGGGUUCUACCUCUCUGAACAUUUAAUACAAUUUUUGUUUACUUCUUGGUGCAAAAAUGCCUUGGCUACUAAAGCAAAAGAGCAAAACAAGAGGUUCAUAUUUGCCACAAGAAAUAUUGCGCAAAAAAAAGGAAAGAAAGAUUUUAAUGAAUUGAAAUGCCGCCAAGCACACCAGUGAGUGAAGGACUGUAUGGGUGAUGUGGUACUAAUGAGUGAGAAGCGGGUUUUUUUCGAGAGUGUAGGUGUAGCUUUUCUUGGCUUGUUUUCUGAUCUGUUUGUAUUGGAAUGACCCUCACAUUUUAUUUGCAGUGUGCAUGAGUCUGCAUGACCUGCGUCGUGUAUGAGGAGGGGGGCUGUGAACGAGCACAGUGGGUGCUUGUUACACUGGCAGUGUUAGGUUUGCACAGAUAUGUUAUUAUAACAAGCUAGAGGUGUUCUGCACUUAAACCACGCCUGCACAGAGAAGGGGGUUUUCAAGGUCAGUUGAAUAAUGAAACCAGCAGACAGUUUUCACAUAAAUGGCUGACUGCUUGCCUUAGUGAUGACACACUCACUGACAAACACGCACUGGCUUUCUGACACGCUGGCUGCCUGAGGGACCCUACUGAAUGUUGUGUGUGAGAGAGUGUGAGAGAGUGUGAGAGAGUGUGAGAGAGUGUGAGAGAGUGUGAGAGAGUGUGAGAGAGUGUGAGAGAGUGUGAGAGAGUGUGAGAGAGUGUGAGAGAGUGUGAGAGAGUGGGAGAGAGUGUGAGAGAGUGGGAGAGAGUGGGAGAGAGUGGGAGAGAGUGGGAGAGAGUGGGAGAGAGUGGGAGAGAGUGGGAGAGAGUGGGAGAGAGUGGGAGAGAGUGGGAGAGACCGCCAGUCGUAAGGCGAGUGAGAUGCACAAUUAAUACUCUUACGAGAGAGAGAGAGAGAGAGAGAGAGAGAGAGAGAGAGAGAGAGAGAGAGAGAGA